AUGAGAAAUACGGGCCUGCAUCAUCGGGGGGGCCGCGAAAGGGGCCCCCCGCCCUCGGGUGGAAUUGUGGGAAGCGGCUCAUCUUGCAUGCGUCUCUUUGCGUUUUUAAGUAAUAUGUUUGAUGGCGAGAUGACGCUGGAUGAGAAGCUGGUCCUGCAGAUCCUGAGGCGAUUGGCGGCGACUCCUUACGAUAAGGAAAAUGCCGACCAUGAACAACUUCUGAGGAGAUUUUUCUUGCUCUGUUUCCCUGAGGCCACAUUAGAACCUGCGAAGGAAGAAGAUUCGAGGUGGAAAGAAGUUGGGUUUCAGAGUGAAGACCCCCGCCGCGACUUCCGGGGCGGCGGUUUUCUGGCUCUGCAAAACCUUUGUUUUUUUCGUCUUCGCUAUCCCCGACAGUUUUUUACCCUUUCGAGGAAGAGCUAUACAGCGGGUUUCCCCAUGGCUGCUGCUUUUAUUAAUAUCACGCAUAUGCUGACUGCUUACCUCCGUCUCACCGUCUCAGCGGGUCUGGCUGCUGGGGAGAUUCAGGCCCCUCGCCGGGCGAUGCGUCACUUUUUGCGUCUUUGCCUGAGUCCUGCUGCAUUGGAAGAUGAGGCUGAAGAGCGCGUGCAGCUAAACGACUUUUCAAAAGGCUCCAAGGAGGGCUCGUUCUUGUGCCCUCCGCCCCUGCCGGGGGCUGCAGCACUGGCGCAGCGCCGGGGCUCAGACAGCUACUCCGACUCAGACUUGGUGCGUUCGGAUCUGUCGGCUGCAUCAGCGAACGCGCCUGCUUGCGGUAUGCGUACAGCUGCAGCAAACGUGCCGCAAGGCCAGCCCACCCAAGCCAGCAGCCCUUUGCCCAGCGGGCCGCUGCUGCCGGGGCGGCGGCUGCGGCGGGGCUCUUCAGAUUUAGGAAGGGGGCGCGUAAGAACAGGACAAGUCACGGAAAACCGGGUGUUGACGGUUUUUGGUCAUUUAUUUGUCUUCGCUUGCAUGCGACUGGACCAAGAGCUGGGCUUGAGGGGCGCCUGGCAGCCGGACGGGACUGACCCUCCCCUUGCCCAUUCCCCGCGGCACUUCCCGCACCACUUCUCCGGCCGCCGCAGACUGCACGGCCACUUCGUGCAUUCUUCCCGGAGGACUUCUGCUUCCAAGGGCUCCAGCGGGAAGAGCCACCCGGCAGAAGAAACCCACAUGGCGACGGAGCCAUCAGCGGGCAGCGGAGGCGCUUCGGAGGCUUCGCGGGACUCCGUCUUGGCCCCGACGCAAGGCAGAGACACAGCGCCUGUCUCCCCCGCGAGGUCUGUUGCGGGAAUGGAGGAGACGGAGCUGUGUCCGACUUCGGGGGAGCUGUCUGCCACCCCGUCGCCGCGCUCCACCGGCUCCGGCCGGGAGCAGCCUUCCGUGCUACCAGCAAAUCCGGGGGCCCCCGGGGACUCUGGGUCUUGUGAAGCAGCUGCUAGGCCAGCUAGUGGCGGCUCUGACGGCCUGCUGCACCGGCGGGCGCAGCUGUGCUUUGGGGAAGCUCUCAAGGAAGUGCGCAAUGCUGUUGACGCCGUCCUAUGUGAUGGCACUGUACAGACAGUGGGAGACUUGGGGGCAAUCUGCCGAAGUUGCUAG